AUGAACGAGUCGUUCUCUGUUACGCAUGAUGGUUCCACAACAAUAGGUGGUACCCUGAAUAACUACAAUAACUUGGAUUCAAAUACAGCCUCUCAAUUAUCAAGCUCAUCCACAUCUUCCUUAUCAUCAAGUAAUUCACAAUCUGGAUUGAUAUCUAAUUUGAGGAGAAUUUUCAAUGCUAGUUUGAUGCAAUAUUUAGUGAAUUUAAAGGUAUCGGAUACACAUAUGAAGGGUUGGAGAUAUUAUGUCUUGUUUGGUUGGUUACAUUUACAUUACAUGUUCAUUGGAUGGAUUAUUAAUUUUUCAUCAACCUACUACUCUAAUGAUUAUACAGCUUCUACCUUAUCAUCACGGAUUGUAGCACCAUUUGGGUUCUAUGGAGGUUGGGUUGCUAGGGUUUUAAAUUUCCCGCUCACAUUGUCUAUCGAUGCUAUGGGAUCUCCCUAUGAAUUAUUUAUUGCCUUAAUAGCUCUAUUUAUUGUCUUGAUAAUGUUACUGCCCUUCCUAAUGGUACUCAAGACCCGAUCAUUCUUUGCCGAGAAGAAGGAAAAGCUUGAUUUUUACAUGAUUAUUUAUUCAUUUGUAAUGUUAUUGAUGGCUCCUUUCAUGAUGUUUGUAAUGUCUAGUUUUAUUGAUUGUAAUUUGAAUGAUUAUACCUUGAUGAGAUUUCCUUCCAAGACGUGUUAUGGAGCGAAUAAUAUUGUCCUGAUAGUAAUUAGUCUGGUUGGCAUGAUUGUGCUGUGUUGCUUUUCAGCAAUUUAUACAUUCAUCUUGCCAAUCAAUGAUCUCAAAACCUCUCUUCCAUUUCAAUGUGAAGAUUCACUCUCUACGAUGGUGACAUUCUCUGUUACUUUAUUCAGAAUUCUAUUCAUGUUUGUAAUACCACCACAAUACUUAUACAUCAGAUCAAUAGUACACAUGAUUCUCUCAUUGGUUGUGGCUGUUGUGCAAAUUUAUACAUUAUCCUAUUUCAGAAGAUUUGAGAAUACUAUCCAUUUUGCAAGUACACUUUGCUCAGUUGGUGCUAGCAUUGGAGUGUUGGUAUCAUCAUUGGUGAAUUCUAAAAUGGAAGACAUGAUGGGAAUUGCAAUGUUUUUCGGAAUAGUUCUUGGAUUGUCACUUAUCUUCUCCAUUAUUGGUGUAUUGAUUGGAGACAUUUACACUAGAUCAAUCAUGAGAAGAAUACGGUCAAUAAUGAAAUCUCCAUCUGCUGUUGUUGGCCAUAUGGCUAGUAGGAAUUCCUAUUCUCGACAAGACUCUUAUUCUACAGAGAAAGAAUCGGCCGAAAUCUAUCUUUCAUUAGAAAAUUCUCUAAGACAACUGAAAUUGUUUUUGAGAUUUUGCUCUUCCGCACAAGAUAUUGAAUUGGUGGUUUCAUUUAUUAAGGGAAUUUCCACAAAGAAACAGUUUAAUGAUCCCAAGUUGAUAACAACUUCAGCCAUAAUGAUCGGACACAGAUGGAAUGAUACAAAUAGGUAUAAUUUUUCACUUUAUCUAUUAAAGAAAGCCUCUCGUUUAGGAGGAAAUUAUUGGGAAACUCUUAAUAUGCAUUAUAGAGUGAAACAAUUUGAAUGUUUUUAA